AUGUACGACGCUCAUGCCUCCUUCAACGUCUACUCAGCCGUGUACGCCGUGGCCCACGGCCUCCACGACCUGCUGGGCUGUGCCUCAGGGGCGUGCAGCAAAGGCACAGUCUAUCCCUGGCAGCUCCUACAAAAAAUCAAGCAAGUAAACUUCACCCUGUACAAGAGCCGCAUCUCUUUUGAUGCCAAUGGGGACAUUCGUAAAGGCUACGACAUCAUCAUGUGGAAGUGGAGUGGCCGGAACUGGGCUUUCGAUGUGAUAGGACAUUUCAGUGUGAACCCCGGCAGGCUGAGCAUUGACCAGGACAAAAUCCUGUGGCACACAAAAGAUCGCCAGGCUCCCCCCUCGGUGUGCUCCGAGCCCUGCGAACCUGGGGAGAAGAGGCUGCAGUGGAGCCGCCACCGAUGUUGCUUCAGCUGCGUGGCCUGUCCAGCAGGAACCUUCCUGAACAGAUCGGACCUCUACAGCUGCCAGUCCUGUGGGGUGGAUGAAUGGGCCCCAGCAAGGAGCGAAGUUUGCUUCAACCGGACUGUCGAGUUUCUGUCCUGGUCCGAGCCCCUCUCCUGGGCACUGCUGACCCCCACUGUCCUCCUCAUGCUGCUCAUGGCAGGGCUGGCAGUCCUCUUCGCCCUGAAUGCCUCCACGCCAGUGGUCAA